AUGGCGACCCUUCUGAGAGUUGCAUCUCCGCCGGAUAGACGAGUUACAAGAGACGAUAUUGGGGUAGCCCCGACUAUAGCGGUAAACAACGCAGCUGCUACUAGCUGCAGCAGUGUAAGCGGUGCGACAUCUUCGAAAUUGCGCAAUCCUUCCUCUUCUCCCGGUCGAAAUGGCCAACUCUCCAAACAGGGCACCUUGACGAUAGUACGUCGAAGUUCCAGCAAAAGCAAAAGCGGUGGAAAUUUUGAAAAUUCACCACCGCGCAAUCUUGAUACUUCGUGUCUAUCGAGUCAAUCCGUUGACCUUGAAGAGAUUCUCGAUAAUGUCGAUCUCACGACGGAUUCGCUUCCUGCCAUUGACACACCCGAUGCAUGCGAUAAAGCUGCCCUUAGAUUGAGGUGUUUAUUGAGACAAUUACAACAUGGAGAAAUAUCCGCCGAAUUACUUCAACGAAAUUUGCAUUACGCAGCUCGCGUACUCGAAGCUGUUUUUAUCGAUGAGACCAAGGUGAGUUCAGGCGGGAAUGAGUGCGCUCGGUCAUCACGUAGGGGGGCGGGCCUGACGUCUUCAUCCCUAGGGGCCGGCUUGGACCCAGAUGGACCACAGGGCCAUACGGUGGUAACCCAGAAACGGAAACUUCGCACCCCCAUAUGGGCAAGACGACUAGCGGAUGAAGAUGACGAGCUAUCAGAAGUGCAGCCAGAUGCAGUACCACCGGAAGUGCGUGAAUGGCUGGCAUCGACUUUCACUAGGCAACUCGCCACCACUAGACGGAAAGCUGAUGAGAAACCGAAAUUCCGCUCGGUCGCGCAUGCUAUCAGGGCAGGCAUAUUCGUCGAUCGAAUCUAUAGGAGAGUUACGAACACCGCCCUCAUGCAAUUUCCGCCGGAAGUUGUGAAAGUACUUAAGACUUUAGAUGAUUGGUCGUUCGAUGUAUUUUCUUUGAACGAGGCCGCUCUGGGGACGCCAGUAAAAUACCUAGGUUAUGAUCUCCUCAAUCGAUAUGGUAUGAUUCACAAGUUUAAAGUACCUCCUGCAAUUUUGGAGUGCUUCCUCGGAAGAGUUGAAGAGGGUUAUUGCAGGCAUCGAAACCCAUAUCACAACAACCUCCACGCUGCUGAUGUUGCGCAAACGAUGCAUUACAUCUUGUGUCAAACGGGUUUGAUGAAUUGGUUGACCGAUCUCGAGAUUUUCGCUACCCUUGUGGCAGCGAUUAUUCAUGAUUACGAGCAUACUGGGACCACAAACAAUUUCCACGUAAUGUCCGGUAGUGAUACAGCGCUCCUAUAUAACGACCGUGCUGUGUUAGAAAAUCAUCACAUUUCGGCCAGCUUUCGGAUACUUAGAGAAGAUGAUUGUAACAUACUACAGAACUUAUCAAGAGAGGAAUUUCGAGAAUUUCGAUCGCUCGUGAUUGACAUGGUUCUUGCCACCGACAUGAGUUUUCAUUUUCAACAGCUAAAAAAUAUGAAAAAUUUACUAAGUUUGACAGAACCAAGCGUAGAUAAGAGCAAAGCUGUUAGCUUGGUCCUCCAUUGUUGCGAUAUUUCGCAUCCUGCCAAAAGAUGGGAUCUUCAUAAUAGAUGGACAAUGCAACUUCUUGAAGAGUUUUUCAGACAAGGUGAUAAAGAGAGAAAGCUUGGAUUGCCAUUUUCUCCUCUAUGCGAUCGCAAUAAUACGUUGGUAGCUGAAUCUCAAAUAGGAUUCAUAGAAUUUAUUGUCGAGCCUAGUAUGCAAGUAUGCAGUGACAUGCUGGAAACCGUUCUUGCGCCACUCAAUGUCAAGGACACUACGGAUGAACCUAACAAUGGUUCGGGAGGAGAAAAUAGAAGAUUUAAAAUUGGCAAACCUUGGAUUUCCUGUCUUGCAGAUAAUAAAAAAAUCUGGAAGGAACAAGCAGUCCGAGAUGCAGAAAUCAAAGCACAAAAAGAGCAAGAACAAAAAGCUAGCACUCGUGAAGACGGUGGAAGAACACAAGCUGCGGCCGAAGAAUGA